AUGGUUCUCUCCAUCAUUCGGCGUAACCCACGUCGACGUGUUUGUGUCAUUCUCUCGCCUCGACCCGUCGACCUCACUGUUAAGAAUUAUGGUGGUCAUUUCACUGAAGUGUACAACGCCGUUUCGGAGUACACUAAGCGACCGAAUGGAGAGGUCGAUCACAACGAAGUCAUAAGACGCAUGUUAACACCGUUUACCGAAAAGCCGAAAAGGGUUACGGAAAUCAGGCAAGACAUCGCGGAGAAGUGGUUCAGCAAGCCAGACCGACUUUUUGAGGCCGAUGGCAGCCAUUUUAAGUCCAUUGCAAGUACCUAUAUCAGGCUCAUUGCGCACUAUUGGAGGACCCUUCUGGACGAUCUCGACAUACCUCGAGAUCGCUACCAGUUCUAUUCAGACGAAGAUUCAAUGAAGAAUAUAUCACCAGGAAUGAGACACCAGGGCCACAAACCUGAUUACAUAUGGGCAUUUCGAGAAGAAGAUGAGAGUGUUACGGCUCUGAAGAAGCGGCUCGACGAAGCCUUGGAGUCAAACGAUGGCGAAGAGCGCGAAAGGCUCAUACUCGGGGUGUGGAACGACUACAUUCAGAUGAAAGAUGGCAAACGACGAGCUUCCGAUCAGGCCGACAUCGUCCUCCCAUUUGAUCAGCUCAUAGAGGAGGAAAACGCCCUGCGUUGA